UCGAGCUAGAAUAAGCCCAACGAGUGAAUGUUAAAGACGAUAACCGAAGAAUUUUUACCGGUGAUUCUUAAAAUCAAAUUUGAAAUGCUUUCAUUGUUGGAUCAGUUAGAUUCUGAAUCCACAUCACAUAGCAGUGGUGAUCAGUCUACAAGCAGAUCAUCAAACGUCAUACAUGGAAAUGAAACCUUUUCACAGAGGUGUGUUGACUCAACCUCAGAUCCUGAAGCUGGCUGUAAUACAACUAGCAGUCAAAUCCCAUCCUUGUGUAAUGUUACCAAAAGCUUUUUACAGUCUUCUGAGAUUGAGAAAGAGUAUGCUACAACAGACUCAAAAGAGGAUAUGGUGGUAUUGUCUGUUUUCUGGCGUAGAGGAAUGCUUGGGGCUGCCUAUUACAAUGUUGAGACUUCAGAGAUUCACAUAGCAACAGAUAUUGUGGAUAUGAAUCCUGAUUUUAACAUUCUGCAGAGCCUGUAUCAUCUGGUUGAGCCAACUUGUGUGCUAGUGAGCUCGCAAGUGCCAGAGUCUUUCAUUUCUGUGCUUAAAACUCUGGCAGGAACUGGCAGUCUAUCAGAAAGUGCCUCCAGCAGAGAGAACAUUCUGCCAGAAAGGAAACUGAACAUUUUGCCAAGGAAAGACUACAAUUUUGAGGCUUGCAGAAGGCGAAUCUUCUUGUUAAAACUUCCAAGUGAACCAAAAGAUUGUAAUGAAGAGGAACAUCUCAUGUACCUGAACUCACUAAUUGAUAUGACAAAUGAAUCCAUGACACAUGCCCUCGGUGUUCUGCUAAAGUGGCUUGAUGUAUCUUGGGGUUUCCUACAUCUUGAUCAACAGACUCAAGCUACCGUUAUGGCUGUUAAUACUAUUUCACUGGAAGACAUUGUCAUGAUCAGCCUUGAGACAUAUGAGGCCUUGCAGAUUUUCAAUCAAGUGGCUCAUCCGUCCAGCUUUAAACGAGGUGUGCGUGGAAGUUACAGGGAAGGCCUUAGCGUGUAUGGGAUAUUCAAUAGAUGCAAAUCUCAACUAGGCUGCAAAUUUAUGAGGGUCAUGUUCCUUCAUCCUUCUCGAGAUACUGAUUUGCUUAACUCACGCCUUGAUGUGGUUCAGUUCUGUGUUGAACCAAAAAAUGAGGAGAUAGUGAAGAACAUGCUUAACUGCUUGAAGAACAUCAAGAGUAUCACAAGAAUUCUAAGUAGACUUACCAGACUGUCAGCAUCUGUUCGUGAGUGGAAGUCUCUUCAUAAGACCAUCUAUUAUGGCAUAAUGUUAGGAAACAUUUGUGAGGCAAUUGUGUCUAAGGCAAAGCUUUUCACAGAGAUUGUGGGGUGCAUCACAGAAGAGAUGCGUCAGAUAGACUACUGCAUCAAUCGAAUAGUUGACUUCAAGGAAGCAGAGGUUCAGAACACAUUUGUUGUCAAACUUGGUGUUGAUGAGGAUCUUGAUAGAUUGAAGCAGAAUUGUGGUGGAAUACCAGACCUGAUGUCAAGUGUGGCGCAGGAAGAACUCAAUCACCUACCGCCCUACAUCAAAGAAUGUGCGCUUGUGUACAUUCCAGAGAUUGGGUACUUGCUAUCUUUGCCUCCAUGGAAACAGCCAAUGACUGAAAACGACUGGAAUGUGCCUGGUAUUGACUUCUUGUUCAAAUUGGGGACUAUAGGACACUACAAGACUGCACGAUGUCAAGAACUAGAUGGGAUGCUGGGUGACACUAUGGUUGAGAUAGUAGAUUAUGAGUCUCGUAUUUUGCUGAAGCUUGUUCAGUUCAUUCAAGAACGAAUUGCACCACUGCAUAAACUCAUAAAAUUGACAUCUGAGUUGGACUGCUUGAUUGCCCUGGCUUUGGUGGCCAAGGAAAACAAUUACACGCGACCGGUACUGACACAGGAGCGAGUGCUGGAGAUUGAAGGUGGGCGACAUCCCUUGCAAGAGCUGUGUGUCGAUGACUUUGUUCCAAAUGACACUUUCUCUGGAGAUCAACAUAGCCUUAUGAAGAUUAUCACAGGACCUAAUUCUAGUGGCAAGAGUGUCUAUCUGAAACAGGUUGCCCUCAUUGCAUACCUUGCUCAUAUUGGCAGCUUUGUUCCUGCGAAGAGUUCAAAGAUUGGAAUACUUCGUCAUAUUCACACACGCAUUCAGACUGUUGAAUCUAUUGCAACCAACAUCUCUGCAUUCAUGAUUGAUUUGAAACAGAUGACUCAGUCACUGUAUUGUUCCACACCAUCUUCCCUGAUCAUUGUGGAUGAAUUUGGAAAGGGAACAACUGAGAUUGAUGGUCUGGCACUCCUUUCUUCCUGUCUGGAUCACUUUUUGAGCCGUGGAGUGAAGUGCCCACAUGUUCUAGCAUCCACACACUUCCAUGAUGUUGUCAAUCUAGUGCGAAAUUCCAGAUAUCUCAAGCUGCAGACUAUGGAAUACAUUGCAGACCACGAUGGUCAGAUUAUUAAUCUUUUCAAGCUAAAGGAA